CGCUGCUCGGGACUACACCGUCUAUUCCGACCUGACCAGCCCACUGAGAAUUAUUUUUAUUUUAAAAUAACAAAUCAUAAGACAUUUGCCUCGGUACGGGCAAUUAAAAAUAAAUAAAUAAAUAGAAGAAACGCGCAGAGGAAGAAACAUUUAUUCUCUCCGCAGAAACCUGAGGUUUAUUUCGACGUGCACUCAUAUUCGACAGAUCAUCUUUCAGUCGUCGUGAUCCCGCAGAGUGGGAAUGGGAAAUGAUGGAGGAUAAAGGGCCUCGUGUAGCCGACUACUUUGUGGUUGCCGGCCUCACCGACUCAUCCAAGCCCCUUGAGGAGGAUCUGCACUUUGAUGAUGCCGGCCCCAAGUCAGUGAAACCCAAAGCCCCCAUCACCGACGUUGCUGUGGUGAUCCGCUCCCUUGGUGAAGAGGUGCCCCCGGGCUUCACUUGCGUGGAAAGCACCCCCUCUGGCCUCUCCGCCGAGCUCAAUGGAGCCAGCCUCAGAGGCCCACAGAUCUUCUUGUGCUUCAAGCGAGGCAGAGAUAAGCCUCCGCUGACGGAUCUUGGGAUCCUGUAUGAGUGGAAAGAGAAGCUGAAGCCUGGAUGUCACAUCGUCCAGACCACACCCUCAGGUCGCCCUGCCAACAUCAGCAGCUCGUCCUCCCAACGCAUCUACAUCACCUACCGCCGCGCUCCAAAGAGCCAGCCCCACACUUCGCUGGCUGUCACUGAUGUCUGCAUCAUCAUUCCCGGCAAGGGGGAGACGCCCCCUCACACUUUCUGCAAGGUGGACAAGAACCUCAACAGCAGCAUGUGGGGAUCCUCAGUCUACCUUUGUUAUAAGAAGUCUCUGGCUAAAGCCAACGCCAUUGCCUACAAAGCAGGUCUGUUGUGUCGUUAUCCCGAAGAGGACUACGAGUCCUUCCCGCUGCCUGAGUCAGUGCCUAUGUUCUGCCUGCCCAUGGGCGCAAUGAUCGAGUGCUGGCCAGCGCACACCAAACACUCCCUGCCAGUUUUUUCCACAUUUGUACUAACGGGGGCCUCUGGAGAAAAGGUGUAUGGAGCAGCCAUCCAGUUCUAUGAGCCCUACUCAGAGGAGAACCUGUCUGAGCGCCAGCGCUCGCAGCUCGGCCUGCCAAGCUCUGAUCUCGGACCCGAUGGGACGAGAAGUGUUUACAGCAACAAGAGUAUCUGCCUACUCUCCCACUGGCCCUUCUUCCAGUCCUUCAGGAGCUUUCUGACUUUCCUCUACCGAUACUCCAUCUCUGGACCACAUGCACUGCCAAUUGAAAAGCACAUCUCUCACUUCAUGCAAAAUGUGCCGUUUCCCUCCACUCAGAGACCCCGCAUCCUGGUGCAGCUGUCUCCGCAUGACAGCCUGAUCCUGAGCCAACCUGUGUCCUCUCCACUGCCUCUUAGCGGCGGGAGCCUCUCGACGUUACUGCUGAACCUGGGCCCAAAAAAUGCAGCCACCCUGCUCGUUUUGGCUGUCACAGAGCACAAGAUCCUAGUUCAUUCCCUGCGUCCAGCUGUACUCACCAGUGUUACUGAGGCCCUCGUGUCUAUGAUCUUUCCUUUCCAUUGGCCGUGUCCCUACAUCCCUCUGUGCCCACUGGCUUUGGCAGAUGUGCUAAGUGCACCGUGUCCUUUCAUCGUGGGCAUGGAUUCCAGAUACUUUGACCUUUAUGUGCCACCAACUGACAUCAGCUGCGUGGAUCUGGACACCAACACCAUCUCGCACAAGGACGACAAGAAGGCUUUAACGUGGAAAAUCCUGCCCAGGAGAGCCUGCAAACAUCUUCUCAAUACCCUGAAUAAGCUCCAUCAGCAGCUCACAGAAGGUGGACAGUUAAGCCGUGAAGACGUGCAGAUGGACCACACGGUGACUGACAGCGAGCUUGACAGUGGAAAAAGCCUCCACACUCUAGAGCUGGAGAUUCAGGAGGCCUUCCUGCGGUUCAUGGCAGCCAUCCUACGAGGCUACCGCUCUUACCUGCUGCCCAUCACCCAAGCACCGUCCGAGAAGACCACCGAUGCCAGCUCUCUUUUUGACAUCCAAGGUUUUCUGAAGAGCAGGGACCGCUCCCAUCAGAGGUUUUAUUCCCUCAUGACCAAGACGCAAAUGUUCAGCCGUUUCAUAGAGGAGUGCUCCUUUGUCAGCGAUAAAGACGCCAGCCUGGCUUUCUUUGAUGAGUGCGUGGAUAAGUUAUUCACCACUGGGAACAAGAUGGACAGCGAGCGGCCAGAGGACGCCAGACUAAUUGAACUGGAUGAAUCCCACCGCAGUGAGCACACGGUCUACAUCAAUCCGCCAGAACUUCCUCCUCUACCGCAGGGAGAGGAGCAUCCUCUGCGCUAUAGCUACUCUGGGUUCCCCGUCCUGAAUGCUGAGCUUCUGGAGCCGCUGGAGGGGCCAAACCCUUCGUCAGCGAGCAUAGCCUCACGCCACAGCAGCCCGGCCAGCCCCACAGCCAUCUUCAGACGCUCUAAACAGGAGAUCAAAUCAGCCCAGAGGAUGGCCAAAACCUAUUCAUCUAUGCCUCAGAUGUGGUCCAAGUGUUUGCUGCGCCACUGCUACGGCCUCUGGUUUAUCUGCCUGCCAGGAUUUGUGGGCAACUGCCACUCGAAGGUGCGAGCUCUGCGGACAGCUUACGAUGUGCUGAGGAAGAUGCAGGACAAGAAGCUGCAGGCUCCCGAUGAGGUUUGCUACCGAGUGCUGCUGCAGUUGUGUGGACAGUACAGCCAGCCAGUUCUGGCUGUCAGGGUGCUGUUUGAGAUGAAAAAGGCUGGAGUUCAACCCAAUGCUAUCACCUACGGGUACUAUAACAAGGCCGUGUUGGAAAGCACCUGGCCCUCCACCACCAGAGGAGGCUACUUUCUUUGGGGGAAGCUGAGGAACGUGAUCCUGGGCGUGCUCCAGUUCAAGCAAGCAGGGAAGAAACAGCAGACUCUACACAGAGAUCCCCAGCUUUCAGACGGCAGUGAUCUUGACACAGUCAGUCAUGGCAGUUUGGACAGCGCUAAUGACUCAGCUGAGCGCACCUCCAUCGACACUGACUUCACGAAAAUGGACUCCAGCGACGAUGGAUUUAGUACAGGUGGGCAAUCGGACCAAGGGUACGAUUCUUUGUCUAAAGAGGAGGAGAGGUCGUGCGGCAGAGACACUGACGGCGCGGCACUGGCGGAAGACAAAGGGCCGAGGCAGUCCAGCGGUAGCAGUAGACUGGCUUCCAGUCCAUCUAGUGACACUCUUCUGUGUGGAGUUUUGCCAAAGACGGAGAGGCCCAAAUCUCUAGACUUGUCCGGCGGCUCUCUGAGGCUCAACGUCCCUCUCCUCGGCUCAGCCAAGCAGCAUCACCUUGCCUCCGACAGGCUACAUGGAGUAGAGGAGGAGGGCACAGAGGCCGAUAAAAAGAGACCUCGGGCGGAGAGGAGCGUCAGCUGCAGCAGUGCGGUGGAGAGGACAGGUGUUGAGGCGGGAUUUGAUCCCCUGUCUCAGAUGGCCGCCGCAACUUCACAAGGGUGUGACCGGGACAACAGCAGCACGCCCACCGCCCGCCGCGAUCUCGCUGAGGAGAUCGAGUCGUACAUGAAUAACGGGAACAGCCCUCUGAACAGCCGCGCGCCCAGCAUGGACCUGCAGAACCCCUCGAGCCCUUUGUUCCGCCCCGCCUCAUCCCCUAACACGUCACCGCGCCCCUCCGCCCUGCUGCGCUCCAAUACACACCUUCCACUGCUGGUCAAGUCCAAGGAGAGGCUGAGGCCGUCGCCGUCUCUUCCUCUGGGCGUCUGCGCCAAAGACAGGGAGAGGCCUCCCUCUCUGAUUUCGCCGUCGUCGCCCAGCCCCUCCGCCUCAUCGUUCUCUAUGGACUCGCUGUUCACCCCAACCCUGGACAUCUUCAGGAGCAGCGUCAUAUCAGCAGGGAAGGGUGUAGCGGAGAAGGCCAGCAGGCUCUACUCCCGCUUGUCUUCCCAGUCUUCAUUAACACAGGAUCUAAACUGCGACGGCAUGAGUGUGUCCUCGCUGACCUCAGCGGAGGCGGAGUGCUCCUCGCUGCUUGAUAACGACUCCUGUCUGGACCCGGAUGCCUUCACCUCCCCCCAGCAUGGCAGUGUGUCCCGGGUCAGAAGAAGUCCCGUCGGAACUUACGCUCCGAACCUGGGCAGCCCCAACACACCCAACAGAGUGUUCAGACACAACUCCUUCUCUGGUGGUUUGGCAAUUCCCUCCAAGGCUCCUCACACUCCAGAUUCCUCCCCCGACACCAGCCGCUUCCAGCCCAUGCCCAGUUACACCAUAGAGGUUCUGAUGUCCAGCUGUUCGCUUUGUAAGACGUGCGACUGCCUGGUGUACGAUGAGGAAAUAAUGGCAGGCUGGACGGCAAACGACUCAAACCUCAACAGCACUUGUCCGUUCUGCGGCACAGCCUUCCUGCCUUUCCUCAAUGUGGAAAUCAAAGACCUGAGACCGCAGAGCAGGUCUUCAAAGAAAAGUAAUCCUGUUAAAGAGGAGGACACGUCUGCGCCGCUUGGUCCCGAGGCCAAUACGUCUGUGGCAGACUGUGAAGCUCAAUCAUCUGCAGCCCCCCUGCAGAGGCAGGAGAGCAGCUCCAGCGUGGCUCCUCCUCCACCCUCAGCCCCGGCCUCCACCUCCCCGGUGACGGUGCCCUACCUGAGCCCGCUGGUUCUGUGGAAGGAGCUGGAGAGUCUGCUGGUGAACGAGGGUGACCAAGCGCUCUCGUCGCCAAGUGUUGUCGACCAUCACCCCAUCGUCUUCUGGAACCUCGUGUGGUACUUCAAGAGGCUGGAGCUGCCGAGCAACCUGCCGGCUCUCAUCCUGGCCUCACAGCACUGUAGCCAUGGCGACGAGACUCCUCAGGUCGUUUCAUCUGAGGACAGCAAGCAGGUGCUUGUGAGGAUCAUGUGGGACAACCUGAAGUUGCACCAAGACAAAGUUCAACCCUGCUACGUCCUGUGGAACACACACUGUGCCAGCUCCUUGGUUCGGUCUGGGCUGUGUGAAGAAGGCCAGCUCUUCACCGUGGAGCUCCUGCAGGGCUUUGUGAGGAGCAUUAAGAAGAGUGAUGUCUAUCAGCCCAUGAGCCAGAUCAUCCAGCAGCUCGGGCCCGAGUUAGGAUUUAAGAGACAGAGGAGCCUCUACAGAGAUUUAUUGUUCCUUGCACUGGGGGCGUUGGGAAAGAACAACAUAAAUAUCAAUGCUUUCGACCGGGAGUACAAGUUGGCCUAUGACCGCCUCACCCCCAACCAGGUUAAACUGACACACAACUGUGACCGGCCCCCUGGAGCGGGGGUCAUGGAGUGCAGGAAGACUUUCGGAGAGCCCAGCUUGUGAGCGUCUUGUCCUCUUCUGUCUUAGUGUGAUUUCUCCGUCAAUCUGCUGCUGUUUUAUUGGACUGCACUUCAGACUCAGGACCAGCUCACCUGUCUGGAGCCUGGAGCUCUUUUAAGCACAAUGGGAAAUAAUGUAACUGCCACUGAGUUUCUUGUAUGCUGUCGGAGCUGAGGGGCAUGAAGUGACAGGUCUUGAGUUUGCAAACGUUUAGGAGUUUUACUGUAUUUUCAGUAUUGCUAUGGUAAAAUGUUUGUACAGUUACUAUACAGUCUAUUUUAUGCCUUUGUUUCUGUCGAAGCUGUGAAAAAGUUUGUAAGUGUCUGAUCACGUUGUCAAAAGUUCUCAGUGGUCCUGGUGACCUUGUUUAGACUGUUUUUGAGUGUGUGUAUUAUAAAUACUUGCUUUUAGACUUUCAUGUUUUUACAAAGCACUUUGACAAAAUGAGCUCCUGCCAUUCAUUCUCAUUUACGUAACGCUGCAGCUCAGCAGCCCACGCUAAAGUCGCAUUUUAUCUGGAAGCUGCAGGACUGUCUGAUGGAUUCAGUAAACAAACGCAGAUCCAUUCCUCCCCAUGUGCACCCUGAAACCCUGACAGGGCCAUGAUCACAUACCCGAAUACACUAACAUCUAAAGAUUACUGUUUCUGACACAAGACGGGAACACUCAGUUUCUGUAUAUGCACAAUGUUUAUUUGUUAAUCCUUUUUUUUGUACAGUGUACCAAAAGAGCCCAAAAGGGAAUAGUUUUAUUUACAGUUUUUUAAGCAAUACCUUUUUUAAAGUGAGGAUUGAAUAAGUUAUGUGUUGUAUGCGACCGUAAAGGUUCAUAAAAACAGUACAAUCAAACUAAUACCAGACAAAUAAGUAAAAAUAAAUGUUUUCUGUUGGUGUAAUCAACUAUUUUUUUUUUCUUUUUUGAUAAAUAAAUUUACUGACACUAAAAUGGAGUUAUAGACACGUAUAGAGUUUUUGGCUCUAGUAUUUUGUAUGUUUCAUUUUUGACUUCACCGUGUGCUGUAGAUGUCGGUUUUAGAUAAUUGGACAACAGUGCGCUGUUUAAUGUGACAUACCGUGCAGAAAAGGACAAUUUAAUCUCUUAACAUAACCUAUUGUCUCUUUAAACAGACGGCAGUUGUUUGCACGGAGCGUAUUAAAAGAUAUAAACAUGUGUUUAGAUUGAACAGCUCUGACCUGCCCUGACUUAAAAUCAAUUUGUUGUAACAUUGUUGACUAUUAAGUGACUAAAACCUGCCUAGAGCUGCGGCUCCGCGGCUUAUUACUGGACUUGUGCUGCCACAGUGCUGUAAGGGGUACGGCUGUGUGCUUGGAGUAAACACAGCAUGUAAAUCUGCAUUUUAACCACCGAGUGACUAUAAAAACACUGAUGACCAAAACGUAAUUGUAUGUCUACAUGUUGUUUACACCAUUUGUCAAUUUGAGCAAUUUUUCCAAAGUGUUAUUUAUCAUUUGUAACACAGAAAGUAAUUUGUAUGAUUUUUACAUAAAAGAAAGAAAUCGAUUUUCUUCCCUGGCUGGAUCUAGUUUGCCUUCAUUUACGAAUAAACACGUUUAUUCUAUGGA